UAAAUUCUAACUUAAUGAUACUUUUUGGCCGUAUUGGCCACUUAUAUUUUGUGGGAGGCCGAGAAAAUAUGAACUCAUAAUACCAAAAGAUGGCAGAGAAAGUUCGAUUAGUGAGUUUAGCCAUGGAGUUUGGUUUUGACGAGGAUUCUGCCAAUAAAUGUUUGGAUCGCUUCAUUCUUCUCUAUGGUGAGGAUGGCCAAGAUUUCAUCACUGUGGAGCACUGUGGUGAUGAUUUCCUAGCAAUGCUAGCGGAAUCUAUCCAAGACACCGAAGAAUGGGAUGAUGUUCAAGCGAUGGAAACUGAAACAUUCGAUGCUCUCACCACCAUCUUGGGUGAAGAUAAUUUUGACUAUCAGGAUCCGACAAGUAAAUCAUUUCAUGUCGUACAACAACAUUCUCCUAAAAUCGAGACACGUCAGAACAUUCUUGUCGUGGAUUCUGAGGACUCAGAGGUUGAAAUUUUUGAAAAUAAUUGGACCACUGCGAGAUCAGGGGAAUGUCACAGCAGUGUGACUCAUGAUUCAGUUUUACCAUUCUUUGAGAAAAAGGCUUGGAGUCCACCAGUUAUUUCUACAAGAAACAGUUGUGUACUAAAUGCAAAAAGGGGAACUCUAGGUUAUGAAGAGUUGCAAGCAUUGGAUGAUUUCGAGUUAGCUAAUGUUGUUAUCUUUGGUAACACGUUGUUUCGCCCUUUGCAGCAUCAAGCUUGUAAAGCUUUUGUCCAAAAGCAAGAUUGCUUUAUUCUCAUGCCUACUGGAGGUGGAAAAAGUCUCUGCUACCAGCUUCCUGCGACUCUACAACCAGGUGUGACCGUAGUUAUAUCUCCACUACUUUCUCUUAUUCAGGAUCAGAUAAUCACGUUAAAUCUUAAGUAUGGGAUACCUGCUACUUUUUUGAACUCCCAGCAAAGCUCAGCACAAGCUGCAGCCAUUACUCAAGAGCUUAGGAGAGAUAAACCCUCAUGUAAGCUCUUGUAUGUAACCCCAGAAAGAGUUUCAGGUAGUGCAUCAUUUUUUGAUGCUUUAAGAUGUAUGUAUCAAAAGGGACAAUUGACAGGGUUUGUUGUUGACGAAGCCCACUGUGUAAGUCAAUGGGGCAAUGAUUUCCGUCCAGAUUAUCGUAGAUUAGGCUGCCUUAAGCAAAAUUUUCCUAAUGUCCCCAUUAUGGCAUUAACAGCAACUGCAACUUAUCCUGUACGCAAGGAUAUAUUAACUGCAUUAGGAAUUCCUCGUGCUUUGAUAUUGGAGACGAGUUUUGAUAGGCCCAAUUUGAAGUACAAAGUGAUUGAUAAGAUCAAGGAACCACUGAAGCAGCUAGGUAAAAUAAUAAAGGAUAGGUUUGAAAAUUCUUGUGGAAUAGUGUACUGUCUUUCAAAGAAUGAAUGCAUGGAAGUGGCAGAAUACUUAAAUGACAAAUUUAAGAUCAAAACAACGUAUUACCAUGCUGGCUUAGCAGCCCGUCAAAGAGUUUCCGUUCAGAAAAAAUGGCAUACGGGAGAAGUAAAGAUCGUAUGUGCUACGAUUGCUUUCGGAAUGGGAAUAGAUAAAGCUGAUGUGCGUUUUGUUAUCCAUAAUACGAUGUCCAAAUCCAUAGAAAGCUAUUAUCAGGAGUCAGGAAGGGCAGGGAGAGACAAUCUCCCGGCUGAAUGUAUUAUUUUGUAUCAGAAAAAAGAUUUUAGUCGAGUUGUUUGUAUGUUGCGUAAUGCACAAGGGUUUAACAAAGUCAGCUUCAAAAACGCAAUGAAUCAAGCUCAGAAAAUGCAACAGUAUUGUCAACUAAAGGAUGAAUGUAGGAGAAAGUCAUUACUUGAACAUUUUGGAGAACGUUUCGAUUCAAAUGCUUGCAAAUAUGGUGCUAAUCCUUGCGACAAUUGUGUGAAAGAUUAAGCAGGCUAUAGAGAAAUGACAAUAUUCACUUUCGAGAGAUAACCUAAACCUACCUACAAAUUGCGCUUUUGUAAAUCUUAUUACUAGGAGUAAUUUUUGUUUGUUAUUUUUCUAUUUGUUAUUUGACCGUAACACUAUGUUUGGAUAAGAUUUUAGGAGGGAAAAGAAAGAUAGGGAAAGGAAAAAAAAAGAAAGGAAAGGAAGGGGAGGAAUUAGUGAUGGAAAUGUUCACUAUUUGGAUAAGGAGGAAAUUGAAGGGAAAUGAAAGGAAAAUAGAGUAUAUAAAUUCUAAAUAAAUUAAAUACUAUCAAUAAAAUGUACACUAAAGCUAAAUAUUAAUGAAAGUUUCAAAAAAAAGUUGAAUAUGAACAA